UGUUUGACAUUUUAAUGGAUUCCCAUCUAAAGAACCUUGAAGUUUUCAAAAAGGGCAGGAAUUUUAUUCAGCUGAGUUACGACUGAGGUAGUAGAUCGAGUUAAAAAAAAAGGGCUAUGAACUCAGUGCAAUGGGGAUAUGUCCGUAUCAUCACCGGCACCAUUUUUGGCGGUAUCCUUGGCUUCUACGUUAUGCACCGCGUCGAACUCAGUUACAAGGAAAAGAUGAAGGAGCGAUUGAGGCAAUAUGAGCUCGAAUUGAAAAGAAAAGAGAAGCUAGAUGAACUUGAAGAAUCCAUCUAGUCUUUCAUUUUUCCUUGUUUUUUUUUUAACAGUUAAGCCUCCAUUUUCCUUUUUCUUUAAGUUGUUUUUUAGAAUCAGCAUACAAUAAGCAGGAUAUAUGUGAAAUCAUGGUGAUUUUGGUUGAUUAGUGAUUGUUUCUUUAUUAAGUGUUGAAUUAAAUUGAAAAAUACUCAAAACAGUACAAA